GUCUGUGCUGCGGAGAGGGUCAUGGCGUCUGCCAGUGAGAAGUCUGAUAAUUUCACACCUAAUAACUUAGGUAUCAAGCACUGAUGGCAGUACAGGGAGGAGGAGGUGGAGAGGUUCAUGGUGGAGUGCAUGAUGACACAGGGGGUGUCCAGGGACAGAGCUACAACCCUCGCUCAAGUCCUCGUAGCUGCUGACGUCCGAGGUCACUACAGCCACGGCUUACAUCGUCUAGGUCACUACAUAAAUGAUGUGAAGAAUAACUUGUGUGAUGCUGGCACGACCCCCACUAUAGUGAAAGAGAGUGUGUCCACCGCUCUGGUGGACGGCAACAAUGGUCUUGGACCAGUUGUGGGCAAGUUCGCCAUGGACCUGGCUAUCAGGAAAGCUCAAACCACUGGUAUUGGCUGGGUCUGUGCUAAAGGCAGCAACCACUAUGGCAUAGCUGGCUGGUACACCAUGAGAGCGGCCAAACAGGGACUAGUGGGAGUGAGCUUCACCAACACUCAUCCCGUGGUUGUUCCUACACGCGGCAAGCAGGGAGCCCUAGGAACCAACCCAAUAUCCGUAGCAGCACCUGCUGAAGGCGACGAUAGUUUUGUACUCGAUAUGUCAACCAGUGUCGUUGCAUAUGGUAAGGUGGAGGUUGCACAUACGAAGAACGAAGCCAUCCCAGAAGGCUGGGCUGUCGACAAACACGGCUGCAUGACGACCAGCUCAGCAGAGUGCUUAGACGGAGGCUUCAUCAUGCCUCUGGGCGGACCGGAGUUGCACUCUGGCUACAAGGGCUUUGGCCUUUCCAUGAUGGUCGAAAUAUUCUGCGGAAUUAUGUCAGGAUCCUCUUACGGUCCUAAUUUAAACAGCCUUCUUAGGAAAGAUCAGCCUGCAGACCUGAGCCAUUGUUUCGUAGCUGUCAACCCAGCCUUCUUUGCCCCGGGCUUCGAAGAGCGCCUGGGUGACUUGAUGAGUCACUGUCGCAACAUGGAACCGAUCGACACAAACAAACCAGUGCUGGUGGCCGGUGAUCCAGAGCGAGCCAGAACCGACCAGGUGAAGAAAGACGGUGGUAUCACAUAUCACAUCAAUCAAGUCAAAGAAGCUUGGCAGUUGGCUGAGUAUCUAGGUGUGUCUCCGAUGCAGUGGAUAUAAUCUCUGUUGUACAUGAUAUAAGACACGUGCAACACCUGGACAUCUUUAUUAUGAAGAUGGUUCACCAAUAAGUGUAUUUUUCAAUUCAGUACAAUGCUUAUAUAUCGGAGACAGAAGACGUGGUGAUCAGUCCAUCAGACUUGACAGAACGUGUUCAGUUCAAGAGUUUGAUCAAUCUGAAGUUGUAAACAGACAGCAGUAAGAUGCCACGAACACUUGGGAUAUGCUCACUGAUGUUUAAGAAAAUGAUUAAUAAAAUAAAUAUUGAAGGAGAUAA